AUGGGGGACCCCACGCAGCCACCCGGGGGGACGGCAGAGGCUGGGGGAGAGGCGGGGGGGGAGGCUGCAAAGGGUGCCGGGGGAGAGGCCAAGGGAGGGGAGGACGGUGGGGGUGAGGCCAAGGUGGAAGCAGCGAAGGAUACUGGGGGUGAGGCCAAGGGAGCAGAAGAUGUUGGGGGUGAGGCCAAGGCGGAGGCAGCGAAGGAUGCUGGGGGGGAGACCAAAGGAGCAGAGGAUACUGGGGGUGAGGCCAAGGUGGAGGCUGUAAAGGAUACUGGGGGUGAGGCCAAGGGAGCAGAAGAUAUCGGGGGUGAGGCCAAGGCGGAGGCAGCAAAGGACACCGGGAGUGAGGCUGAGGGGGGGACAGCAAAGGGUGCUGGGGGUGAGGCCAAGUCCGAGGCAACAAAGGAUGCCGGGAGGGAGGCCGAGGGAGCGGAGGCUGCCGGGGGCAAGGCCGAUGGGGAGGCAGCGGAGAAGGCUGUGAUGGAUCCUCCAGCGGCAGAGGCUGCUGGGGGCAAGGCCGAUGGGGAGGCCAGGGGCCUGGAGGAGGCCACGCCACAGGAGAAGGCUGAGCCGGUGGCAGCAGGCGGCCCCCGGGGCCGGCAGGAGCCCACCUGGCUGCAGGACGAGGAGGACGAGCUGUGGCCCGAGUUCCCCCCGUGCUCACCCACCACAGAGGGGGCCACCAGCCCCACGUCCCCCCUCUCUCCCUCAUCCCCUGUGUCGCCCAUGUCCCCUACGUCUCCCCUGUCCCCUGUGUCCCCCACAUCCCCCACAGCUGGUGCUGAGGGCUCGGGAGGCAGCGAGAGGGGUGCGUCCCCAGGGGGGCCGCGGGACCGGGCGCCCCCCAGGGUGGUGGCCGUGGGGAGGCCACGGGCGAGUGCCAAGGCACAGGGGCGCAGCGCCAUCCUGGAGAAGUUUGGAGGGGCAGCCAAGGGCCCGGCCCCGCACCUGAAGCGCCCGGGGGGCGCCGGCUCGGUGAAGGCCAUGCUGCUGGAGUGGUGCCGCGCCAGGACCCGCGGCUACCAGCACGUGGACAUCCAGAACUUCUCGGGGAGCUGGGGCAGCGGCCUGGCCUUCUGCGCCCUCGUCCACAGCUUCUUCCCCGACGCCUUCGACUACAGCGGCCUGGAGCCCCACGACCGCCGGCACAACUUCACCCUGGCCUUCGCCACCGCAGAGGCGCGGGCCGACUGCGCCCCGCUGCUGGACGUGGAGGACAUGCUGCGGCUGGCAGUGCCCGAUGCCAAGUGUGUCUACACCUACGUGCAGGAGCUGUAUCGCAGCCUGGUGGCCAAGGGGCUGGUGAAGACCAAGAAGCGCUGA